ACGACCGAGCAAUGGCGCUCACCGCCGUCCUACCUUCAUAUACCUAGCAGUGUCUCUGCAUAGAAAGAUAAAAGGUAGGAGGAGGCGCAGUGCGUGGUGGGAUUAUUUGUGAGGAGAUAUUGGAGUUAUUAUAUAUAUAUAUAUAGGUAGACGAUAGAUAGACAGCUAGAUCUAUAUAACCAUGGUGGAUGGGUUCCGAUGGAUCAGACCGGGCUCUUUCGUCCUGUACUUGGUCUUCUUCUUCCUGUCCGCAGCCCUGUCGGAGGCCAAUAUCGGCGACUUCGAUGAAUACUGGCAGCAGCGCAAGCUCAUGGCCGACGCCGCGGCUGAGGCCACGUACAAGCAUGACCCGGUCGAGGUCGCCAACCAACUUAACCGUGCAGUCCACAGAUCCGUCGAGAAGGAGGACAUUGGCACGAGGCGGGAGAUGAUGGGGACGACGACGAGGAAGUCUAAGUUCAGCGGGCCGUGCAGGGCGACGAACCCGAUCGACCGGUGCUGGCGGUGCCGGCAGGACUGGGCGACGGACCGGAAGCGCCUGGCGCGGUGCGCCAAGGGGUUCGGGCGCAACACCACCGGCGGGCUGGCCGGCAAGUUCUACGUGGUGACGGACGGCACCGACGACGACGUGGUGAACCCGCGCCCCGGCACGCUCCGGUGGGGCGUCAUCCAGAUCGAGCCGCUGUGGAUCACCUUCGCCAAGACCAUGAUCAUCACGCUUAAGGAGGAGCUCAUCAUCCGCGGCGACAAGACCAUUGACGGCCGCGGCGUGCAGGUGCGCAUCACCAACGGCGCGCAGCUCACGUUGCAGUUCGUCAACAACGUCAUCAUCCACAACAUCCACAUCAACGACAUCGUCUCCUCCAACAAGGACGGCGGCUACGUCCGCGACUCGCCGGACCACUUCGGCUGGCGCACCGUCUCCGACGGCGACGGCAUCACCGUCUUCGGCUCCACCAACGUGUGGCUGGACCACCUCUCCCUCUCCAACUGCCAGGACGGCCUCAUCGACGUCAUCGCCAAGUCCACCGGCGUCACCAUCUCCAACUGCCACCUCACCAACCACAACGAUGUCAUGCUCUUCAGCUCCAGCGACAAGCAUCCCGAGGACCAGAUCAUGCAGAUCACUGUCGCCUUCAACCACUUCGGCAGAGGCCUCGUGCAGAGGAUGCCAAGGUGCCGCUGGGGCUUCUUCCACGUGGUCAACAACGACUACACGCACUGGCUCAUGUACGCCAUCGGCGGCAGCAAGGCCCCCACCAUCAUCAGCCAGGGCAACCGCUACAUCGCGCCGCCCAACCUUGCCGCGAAGCAGGUCACCAAGCAGCAUGACACGCCGGAGUCGGUGUGGAAAAACUGGGUGUGGCACUCCGAGAACGACCUCUUCAUGGAAGGCGCCUACUUCACCGUCACCGGCGGCCAGAUCAACAGGCAGUUCAACAAGAAGGACCUCAUCAAGCCCAGGAACGGGUCCUACGUCACCAGGCUCACGCGCUACGCCGGCUCCCUCGCCUGCACGCCCGGCAAGCCCUGCUAGAUCAAGCCACCAGCGAGGACGGCCGACGACCAGAGGCAGACCAUGCAUUCGCCGGCUCGCCAUGUAAGAAACAGGGGAGUUGAAAGUGCGACACACCAGAGAACGUGUCUGUGUAUACUGUGUAAAGGUCCUAAAGGAAAGAGAAGAUGCACAUAUUCAAAGCCUCGGAACUAAUUGCUCUGUUGUCCACUAUGUUAUCCAAGUAUAUAUUUGUUC